CAUAUAAAGAAUAUUUCUGUUUGCCUACAUUGUUUAUCAACUUGAUUAAAGUGUUGCAAAAUGAAAAUCCUCCCAACAUAUUUCGUUCUCGUCUGCACAAUUUUAACUGCUUUUUCAGUUAACGGACGACUUGAACCACCGGAAUUCGAACUUCCAGAGUAUCCACAUGGCCACAUGCGUCACCCUAUUGAUCGAAUUCCAACCAGAAAUGUGAAUUAUAAAAUGCCUCAGUAUGAUGAUCAACUUCCAGAUUUUCCCAACUAUACCGAAACCAACUUUUUAGACAUCCUUAAUGCUGGGCCAUAUAUACCUUUAUGGUUGAUCAACCCUGCAUACUAUAUAGUCGAGGUAAUGAUGCGGACCGUAGUAUAUCUUGCAAGUUCCUAACGAGAUGAAAUUGAAAUAUCGGACGGAAUGUGAUCAAACUGGGACUCACUACAAUUCGGUUUCCGUUUCAUAUUUACAAAUAUAAUAACUUUUCAUUUCCUAA